GAAAUACCCAAAGUACACUCUGGUGGUACAAGCAGCAGAUAUGGUGGGAGAAGGGUUGACUGCAGAAGCAAAAGUAAUCCUUACAGUCACAGAUAGCAACGACAAUGCUCCGGCCUUCACUCAGUCCUCUUAUGAAGCAGAAGUUACAGAAAACGCAGUGGACAUUCAAGUCACUAAGAUGUCAGUAACGGAUGAUGACGAACCAAAUUCUCCAGCCUGGAAUGCCAAGUUUAACAUUGUUAGUGGUGAUCCUGAAGGACUCUUCACAGUGAAAACAGGAAGUAACAAACAUGAAGGAAUAAUUUCUACCGCCAAGGGUCUUGACUUUGAGAAGAGCAGCAAGCAUACUCUGUUGGUUACAGUGGAGAAUGAGGUCCCUUUUGCUACUAAGCUUCCCACUGCCACUGCCACCGUGGUGGUGAAUGUGCUGGAUGUCAAUGAAGCUCCAAUUUUUGAUCCAAUAGAAAAGCUUGUUGUAAAACGGGAAGACCUUGUCAUUGACAGUGAUGUGGUGCAGUACAUCGCUUCAGACCCAGACACUGCACGCAAACAGAAAGUCAUGUAAGAUCAUAUCACAUUUUUUACUUUGAACAUGUAUUGUAUAACAGUGAAUUAAGUUUAUGUCGACUAGUUUGACGACAGGGAAACUGUGAAAAGGUAAAGGUCACAUAAGCUCAAACCAAGACUCUAACUCUCUAACUAAGAAGAUGAGGAGAGGAGAGGAGAGGAGAGGCAGUGACAUCACGUAGAGCCAGAAUUUUUAAUUCUUUUUUUACAUCUAGUGUCUAACCAUCUAACAGAAUUAGAGUUGGUGAUUAUUGGAACAGUAGAAAGACUAAUAAAGGUGAUUUGGUGAGUUUUGUUUGAAGUGGGUUUUAAGGUCUUUGUUCAGUAUAAGAGAGAGAACUAAAUUUAAAAGGUAUACGGUUGUAUUUUUUCUGUUUAAUUAGGGAAAUGGAUGUUUUUCUUAUUUCUUUUCAUUUGGUGUGUAUUAUUUUGUUAAAGUAAUGAGAGAUCAACAAAGACAAAUCACUCACGUACAUCUCAUGUUCCUCUCUCAGUCCUCUGGCCUUUUCAGCAUUAAAAAACACUGAGAUUUAUGUCAAGCAGGUCCUACGCAUAGUUUCUGUUAAGACUUUUCCAAUCAGUAGCUGUUAUCAGCCUCUGUAUCAACUUCCAAAGUGAUGCAGUGGCUAUUAUCAGGUGAUGAUAAAACCUUGAUCAUGGUUAAAUUCUGUAAUCACCCUAAUCCUAAAUGUUCCCCCUGUUUUUCAGUUUGUGGCCAAACGAAGUAAAUGGUA